CUUAUCUUCAACAAACAGAGUCUACAUUAUUUCUUGCAAUUCUACUUACUACAAAUUUUCAGCAAAAAAAUGGCUGAUGAAGUUGUCCUUCUGGGAACUUAUGUGAGUAUGUUUGCUGUGAGGGUAAAAAUUGCCCUGGCUGAAAAGGGGAUCCAAUAUGAGUACAAAGAAGAGAACUUGGUGAACAAAAGUCCUUUACUCUUACAAAUGAAUCCAAUUCACAAGAAAAUCCCAGUGUUGAUCCAUAAUGGAAAACCAAUAUGUGAGUCACUCAUAAUUGUUGAGUACAUAGAUGAAGUUUGGAAUGACAAAUCACCUUUGUUGCCUAGUGAUCCUUAUAAGAGAGCUCAAGCUAGGUUUUGGGCUGAUUAUGUUGACAAAAAGAUUUAUGAUGGUGGAAAGAAAAUUUGGACAACAAAAGUGGAGGAACAAGAAGCAGCUAAUAAAGAAUUCAUUGAGUGUUUGAAGGUGUUGGAAGGGGAAUUGGGAGACAAGCCAUACUUCGAUGGAGAAAGUUUUGGUUUUGUGGAUUUGGCACUCAUUCCUUACUAUAGCUGGUUCCCUGCUUAUGAAAAAUUUGGCAAAUUUAGUAUUGAACCAGAGUGUCCUAAGUUUGUGGCUUGGGCCAACAGGUGUAUGCAAAAGGAGAAUGUCUCUAAGUAUCUUUCUGAUCCUGACAAAAUCUAUGAUUUUGUUGUAAUGUUGAGACAGAGGAUUGGCAUUGCCUAAAAGAGACGGAUCUAGAGCGGGUUCUGCAGGUUCAACUGGAAGAAGUUGUUGAUUCUAGUUCAUAUUAUGUUUAUGAAUAAAUGUUCUUUCCCUUCGCUCCUCCUGUGUUGUUCUUUUGAACACAGAGACGAAGCCUGAAAAAGUUGUGUUUGUGUUGAUGACUCUGUAUGCUUUAUUACGAUAUGUAUACUUAUGUUGCACAUGUAUAACAUUCGAGUCAGAAGGGAAGUCUUGGAUCAACGGUAAAUUAUCUCUGUGUAACCCUAUUGAUAACAGAUUAGAGCGAUGAAAUCAA